UUAUAUAGUUUGUGAAUUUUAGACUCUUCUAUUAUUUUUUGUAUGGAAAAUAUCCAGUUGCCAAUGUGGGAGCUUGGACCCACAAAUUGCUGUCCAUUUGGCUAUAGCCUAUAGGGAUUCACACAUGUGAAUAGCACAGAACAAUUAAAAUGAUGGUGAUGCCAAGGCAAAAUGACUACUUCCUGGAUCGUAAAUGAUAUCCAGAACAGAUGUUGAAUAUAGUGUCGAUGUUAAAAUUACCUGUGUGCCUGUCUGGUGGUCCCUAGAGUUCUCCCUAGUUGUUUGAGAAUCGAUAAGCAGACUGCAAUAUAGAUCAUUUGCUUAUUGCCAACAUUAAUCACAACAAUCAGCUGUGCACCUCAACAGAUCAGUGUCAAAAAUAUUCCAGUAGAUGUGGUGACAGAUCUCUUCUUAAUGUUUCGGAGUUGAUCAUUAGUUUGUACGCACGUCUUGUUCAUAUACUGUGUUGUGCAUGUAUCUGUAUCAGGUUACUAAUUUUCUAUUGACGACUUCUUUUCCAGGUGAAGUAAGAGCUGCUGCGGUUGUCGGUUGUCAUUGAGUUGGUAGUGGCGCAUCAAUUUGGGUCCACCAUGUUUUGUGUUUAUAUGUUAUCAGAGAAAAACUUACUGAGUGUGUCCCUUAGUCUAGCUAAGUUUCUAAUGUGAAAGGAUGCUUUUGAAUACCUAACACAGGGAGUUUCAGCUUCUCCAAGUAUCAUCUCAAGUGGACACCGCCUUGUAUGAUUGUGCUUGCUAGGUCUUCUCUUCAGCAAGGAGAGUUUCUACCCCAAGCACCACCUUGACUUGUAUUUUUUGUGUAUCCUUCUCUCUUAUCUGUGGUCUGGAAUGCAAGUUAUCGCUCCUUUUCUCAUUGAGCUUAGUAGCAGGAAAUAAAGGUUUCUCUGAAAUAGCUACUGCUGUGCAGGAUAUUACACCAGAGAUGGCCAGAACAAAGUGAAGCUGAUGUAGUUGUUUUAUAAAGUGGCUAGCUUGGUUGGAAACUUACACAUGGAAACAAACUCUAACUUGUUCCAUUGCCAUUUUCUUGAAGCACAGACUCACAAUGCCUCGUGAACAAAAUUGUCAUGCUUCUUCAGGUUGGGUACCACAGAUAGAUAUACCAUCAGGAGCUAGAGUUCUGUCAAACGGACAAACAUCAGCAGAAGAACAAAUUGCAGCUUUGCAUCGUGAGAUAACGAGGAUUCAGCACCAGGAAAGGCAACCACAUCUCUAGGUAGUAGGAAGGAAAUGGACAACUAAUCCGUGCAAGCCAGCCCUGCGUGCGUCGCUGGACCAGGAUCUGAUUCCAAUCACCAGCAAGACAAGGACACAGCUGGGUGCCCGUCCGUUUCCGUCCACGACGAAACGAACAACCCCCGAAGAAAGCAAAAUGCCAAGCAAUACAACAACCGUCUGGAUCCUCUUAACCCCAGCCCCAGCUCCAUGCCACCAUAUAUACCCCCCCUCGAUCGCAAGGUUCUUUCCUUUUCACACCCCCCUUUGUUUGUUCUUUACGCCGUGCAACACAUUCCACUUUCUUCUCCAACGAGGCGGAAGCCCGCCAUCGCCGCCGCGGCUGUCCAGGGGAGGGGAGACUCAUGAGCGACAAGUUCUACUGCAUGACGAUGCGGAUGAACAUCGACUGCAGCGGGUGUUACCAGAAGAUCCGGAGAGCUCUUCUCGAGAUGCAUGAUAUCGAGAGUCACCUGAUCGAGCGGAAGCAGCAGAAGGUGAGCGUCUCCGGCGCCUUCGUGCCGCAGGACGUGGCGAUCAAGCUCCGCAGGAGGACCAACCGCCGCGUUGAGAUACUCGAGCUCAAGGAGGUCGACGCCGCCCCCUCGGGCCCCUGAGGGCUCAAGAGAACGAGCAGGAGCUAUCUGCCAGUCCCAUGCUAUCUGAAGCUGCUGAAGAUGAACCACUGAAGAAACGAGCAGACGAACAAUGCAAAGCGUGAACAUUGACGUCUACAGCAUAGCAAUAGUCAGCUUCAUAGGUACUGUAUAUAAUUAUACAUGGAUAUGAUGAUAGGCUAAUGUUGCAACCGAGUUCUUUUAUUAUUACGAGAGAUGACAUUAUGCAAAUGAGAAGCCGCAGUCCUGUACGGCUGUACGCGGAGUUGCACAACUAGUUCCG